AUGCGGCCUGAGCAUGACAAUUCAGGGACAAAGUAGGUUCUGAAAUUAUGAUGGUGUAUAAAAUAUGGCUGAUCGUUCUUUCAGAUCUCAAAGCCCAUACCGUCACAGAGCUUUCCGAGUUUCGGUCAAAACGAGUAAAUUCUGGCUGCGUAUUCUGAAACCGUGGAAAUGGAGAAGUUACCGGAAAAAGUAAGUUUCUUCUCAAACUGAGACCAGACUGUGUGACCUCAGAUCCGUUCUUUAUGCGGCUUGUAUCUUGUAGUUUCCGUCUAUUCGAUAUCCAAAUAGUUUUGGGUGCUCACAAAGUUUGCACAAAUUCUGCAGCGUUGUUUUGUGGAUAUCGGGUUUAGAAAAGAUUUUUUUUCUCUUCUUUAGAAUUGUAACAUAGUUCAGACUUGCGAUUAUUUUAGGAAAGCUGAUCUCAACUUGAGCAGAGCCAGCGACGACAUUAAGAACAGAAGUACCGAAGUCGGUAAGUUUUCAUAAUAUUAUGUCCCGUGAUUUGGGGGUUUUUUAUUCGUCUGAGGCCGUUUAAGCGGGGAUUUGUAUUAGUUUAAAGGUCGGGAGGCCAAGUAGCGAAGGCGCGGUCUGUUUGUCGGGGAUCUGCGUCAUUUUCUUUGUAUUUUCAGUCCCGAUCACCGGAUCCGAGCAGCCAGUCCCGGUGUCGAGCCAAACUCGGCCACUCUCUACUGUUUCCGUUUCCACUCAUCCAUGUGUUCCUGACGUUGAAGUGGUAAGAAAACAUCUUUUUGAUAAGAAUAACAUCCCUGGAAUCGCAUUACGUUUUGAGAUCAGCAGUUUUAAUAUUUGGAUUAGAGUUUUGUUGUUCUUUUUAGUUAUUCUUUAUGUUUCUACAUUCCCCGUAUAAUUAAUUUAAUUUAGACUCAAGCUGACGAGGCCAACACUGUUUUACUCUCCUCUCCUCAACACAAUAGACUCAGUGCAUCAGACUUUGACGAUUCCAUUGCGGAUAGUCCAGAUGCUGCAAUGAAUUUCACAUUGAUCAGAACAGUCCCGGUCUUUGAAGAAGUCGAGGCCUCAGAACCCGAUCUUCAAGCAAGACCGAAAAGACCAGUACUAAGAAGACCCGGACAACCAAGUAGAUUAAAAUCGUCAAGUUUAGAAGAUGAAGAAGAAGAUCAAAGAAGUGAAAUUGAUGAACAGGAGAGUGAAUUGGAGGAGAAUGAUGAGCAGAUUGAACAAUAUCAAAGUCCUUGGGACUCUGCCAAAUCUACGAAUAAAGCGAUUGCAUCCAGAAAAUCCCCUGACGGAGAUGAUCGAGACUCGGAGGAAGAAGACAGUGAAGAAGAAUACAAAAACAGUUAGGUUUCGUUACUAUGGCUUAACUUAAAUAAAAUUAUAGAUGCUUUUACGGCGAAAGUAAGACGAAGGGAUACCUUGGCAUUGAAGUUAGAUGUACCAGCACCUGUGGAUGACAUCCCCGACCAAACCUCGGACGAAAGAAAGAAGUUGAUGCACCGGGCUUCGAUUAAACUUGAAAGGUGGGUGGGUGGAUUAAAUGCCGGGGUUUUCCUGGAUAUCUUAUCUGAUUUUAUUUUUGGGGAUAGAGUUUGAUAUUUAAGAAAAAGGUGAUUUGUUUUUGAAAGCGAAUAUUGAGAAAUGAUGGGUGUGAGUGUUUAAGAUCGAGAACGCUGAGAUUAGAGAAGAGUGCGCCUUUCCUUCACUUUUAUUUAUAUUUGUUUCGAGAUAUAUUGUUUUAAAAAUUUUUAAUUGAGGAAGUAACCUUUAAUGUUUUGAACAUUUGAAUUUGAUUCGCUGUUUGAUCCGUGAUCCACUUGUGGACGUGCUUUGGGAAAGUGAUUGGAAUGUUGAGUGUCAGUGACAUUCUUCUUCACAUCUGUCAUGGGGAUGGUCGAAAGAAAGCGGGUUGUUCUUAGGACUUUAAGAGAAACGUUCAUUUUGCAGAAGGGGAGUGUUGCGUGAUUUCCUAGCAGAAGUUUUAAGAACUUGAAAUUAGAUACGUUCUCCUUUAUCGGGCGAGUUUUGUUGGGGAAAAUAUGCUGUUUCCUUGUAUGUUCUCCAGUUUUUGCCACGCUUUCUUCCCCUCUAAUUUUCACCUAUGCAGCUGUAGUAUUUUAAUAACACUGACGGUGUUUCUGUUUUUUACCUGUGCUCGCGAUCUCAGAUUGGUCUCGUCAAUUCCAUUUUGGUUCCGAAAAGACGAAAUAUAUUAGGGGAGUUUGUGAUGGAAGGAAAAGUAAGCGCAGGUCGCCUUCUUAUUUGUGCAGAAUCCGCUGAACACUUAGACAGUCGUGCUGGUCUUUGUCAUCAGUUUCAUUGGAAACCCAUUCAAUAACAUCCAUCUGAUUUCAGGAAACUUUCGGAACGUCCCUUAGCUCGCGAAUUGGAACAGAGGAACAUCCUGAAGGAUCAGCAAGCGGAGACCAUCUCUCGUCGGUCUAUGGAAGAGACCCGAAAGAUGCUUCUGAGAAAGGUAACAUCUUCUGUUAUUCGAAUAUUGCCUCUAAUUGUAAUGUUUGAUUUGAUUGAUGAUGUCUGGAUUGGUUUAUUAUUAGAUAUAUUUUUAGUUGAGUUUUCGACCCACUGUUCAAGAGUUGAAAGAUAAACAAAUCAUCAAGUUCAAUGAUUACGUGGAAGUCACGGAAGCCGAGAUGUACGAUCGGAAAGGAGAUAAACCAUGGACUCGGCUCACUCCUUCCGAGAAAGCCCUUAUCCGAAAAGAACUCAACGACUUCAAAGCGACGGAGAUGCCUGUUCAUGAAGAGAGCAAGAUGUUUACUAGGUAGGUCAAGGUUCCUUUUGUUUCUGAUGAUGUCACCAAUAUGUAUUGCAAGAUAUGAAUUGUAGAUUCCAUCGACCGUGA